UGGUGAUCUUGAAGAGUCCCUAGCAUGGAAUCGAUAUCUAUGAUGGGAAGCCCGAAGAGCCUUGGUGAAACUUUUUUGCCUAAUGGCAUAAAUGGCAUCAAAGAUGCACGGAAGGUCACCGUGGGUGUAAUUGGAAGUGGUGAUUUCGCCAAAUCCCUGACCAUUCGGCUUAUCAGAUGUGGCUAUCACGUGGUCAUAGGAAGUAGAAAUCCUAAGUUUGCUUCUGAAUUUUUCCCUCAUGUGGUAGAUGUCACUCAUCAUGAAGAUGCUCUAACAAAAACAAAUAUAAUCUUUGUUGCUAUACACAGAGAGCAUUACACCUCCCUGUGGGACUUGAGACAUCUGCUUGUGGGUAAGAUCCUGAUUGACGUGAGCAAUAACUUGAGGGUCAACCAAUACCCAGAAUCCAAUGCUGAAUACUUGGCGUCAUUAUUCCCAGAUUCCUUGGUUGUCAAAGGAUUUAAUGUUAUUUCUGCUUGGACACUUCAGUUAGGACCUAAAGAUGCCAGCCGACAGGUUUACAUAUGCAGCAACAAUAUUCAAGCUCGACAACAAGUUAUUGAACUUGCCCGUCAGUUGAAUUUCGUUCCCGUUGAUUUGGGAUCAUUGUCAUCAGCAAGGGAGAUAGAAAAUUUACCCCUGCGAUUAUUUACUCUCUGGAGAGGGCCAGUGGUAGUAGCCAUAAGCUUGGCAACAUUUUUCUUCCUUUACACUUUUGUCAGAGAUGUGAUCCAUCCAUAUGCAAGAAACCAGCAGAGUGACUUUUACAAGAUUCCUAUUGAGGUGGUGAAUAAAACCUUGCCAGUUGUUGCCAUUACUCUGCUGUCCCUGGUAUACCUAGCAGGUCUCCUGGCAGCUGCUUAUCAACUUCAUUAUGGCACCAAAUACAGGCGAUUUCCACCGUGGCUGGAGACCUGGCUCCAGUGCAGGAAACAGCUUGGCUUACUAAGCUUUUUCUUUGCUGCCGUCCAUGUCGCCUACAGUCUCUGCUUACCAAUGAGAAGGUCAGAGAGGUAUUUGUUUCUCAACAUGGCUUAUCAGCAGGUUCAUGCAAAUAUUGAAAAGUCCUGGAAUGAGGAGGAAGUUUGGAGAAUUGAAAUGUAUAUUUCCUUUGGAAUAAUGAGCCUUGGCUUACUAUCCCUGCUGGCUAUCACCUCCAUCCCGUCAGUGAGCAAUGCUUUAAACUGGAGAGAAUUCAGCUUUAUUCAGUCUACCCUUGGAUAUGUUGCUCUCCUCAUAAGUACCUUCCAUGUUUUAAUUUAUGGAUGGAAACAAGCAUUUGAAGAAGAGUACUAUAGGUUUUACACACCACCAAACUUUGUCCUUGCUCUUGUUUUGCCUUCAAUUGUAAUUCUGGGUAAGAUUAUUUUACUACUUCCAUGUGUAAGCCGAAAGCUAAAAAGAAUUAAGAAAGGCUGGGAAAAGAGCCAAUUUCUAGAAGAAGGUGUUGGAGGAGCAAUUCCUCAUCUCUCACCCGAAAGGGUUACAGUAAUGUGA